UAAAGAAUUAAGAUUUUAAUUUUAAAAAUGUAAAUAUUAAAUACCGAUAUUUUUUCAUUUACAACAUAUAAUAGCUAUUAUUUAUCUGCAAUCUGUUUUAAAUUGCUAAAAUUUUUUUUUACUUGUAAAUUUAUAACCAACUGUAAUAAUUGUAUACCAACUAUAAUAUUAGCACUAUGAACAAAUUAUGUCAUAGCGAAAGUAUUGUGGGCAAAAGCUUUGAUUACUGGAAAAAUAUAUAUAAUCAAGGUAUUAUUGAUCUUCAUGCAAUUCAUCUACGACUUAACCAUUUAACAUAUGCUCUUAAUCGCAACUUGAUUACCAAUGAAGAAUAUUUUAAAUACCGAUUAAAUUUAACUGACGAUUAUAUUCCAUCUAAUAUGGAUUAUAAACCAUGUUCAUUAAUGGAUUUUUCCAAAGCAUUAAAGAGACAUCAUUUAAUGGAUAAUCUAGAAAGAAAUAAACCAUUAAUAAUUGAUAAACAAUCUAAAGAAUUAACUUAUAAAGUCCAAAAUAAUAUUAUAAAUAAUUUUGAAAAUAUCAACCAACAAAAUAAGAAGAUAGUUGGUGUACAUGAAUAUAAUUUAAAUAAAGAACAAGAAAGUAAUAAUGAUCAAACUGAAAUGCCUAAAAAAUCUAGGAAGAAACGUAAGAGAAAGAAAAAAAAUAAUAAUGAUUUUAAAAAUAUAAAUCAUUUCAAGACUGUAAUAAUAAACAAUACUAAAGAUGAAUGUAAUAAAAAAAUGAAAAAUUCUAUUGUCACAUCAAAAAAAGCUGUACAAAUAUUUAUUCGUAAAACGAAUAACCAAGACAAAAGUCAGAUUGACAGAAAGAAGUCAUUGGUUUCAACUCAUAGAUCAGUUAGAGAUAUGUUCAGUGAAAUUUUAAAGCAAUUUAAAAAAGAAAGACAAUAAAAGUGUCAUUCAUUUUUUAAGAAUUAUUUAUCAUUUUUAAAUCUUAGCACCAAUUUUAAUAGUACACAAUUACUGUAUCUUAUUAUUUAAUA